AUGGAUCGACUUAUUGCUCGUAUGGAGCCUAGCCAUAUUUCCCUAGAAAAGAGUGAAGAACUUCCCAUAUCGGGGAAUAUUUCCUCUCCAUCACUUACGAGGACACGAAGGAAAUUAUUAAGAAAUAAUCGUGAGACUUCGUGGGUACCAAAUCAUUCAACUUCUAAUCCUAGUUCGAGUUCUAGUUCAAGUUUGAGCUCAAGUGCCAGUUCUAAUGCUAAAACUAGUCCGGGCCCACCUAUGCAAAAUAGCUCUCCUGUAUCGCCACGCCAACAUACCGAUGUAAAUAAACUCCCAUCUCGAAAUACCUCCAAAACUUCAAUAAAGCAAGAGGAUAUUGCACCCCAACCUCGAAUACCCCAAAUAAAACUAAACGACCAUUCCAUAAUGAAAAACAAUGAAAAGAGAAUAGGAACAGAUAUGACUGAAGAAGAUGACAAUGAAGAUGAUAAACCUAUACUUAUACGGAGAACAUCUAGAAAGAAUUUGGCGUCAUUACUUGAACGAGCGGCUAAAAAGAAAGUUCACAGGGCACCAACAACCUCGACAAAACAAGUAGAUUAUUCUUCUUCCAAUACGGGCACGUUCAGUGAAUGUAUGUUUAAAUCAACAGAUGAUUUUAAUGCUUUUAACAAGACUGAUGAUUCUCUCGCUAACCUAGAGGGUGAAAAUGAUGCUAUAUCAGCGAAAUUAGGACUGUCUAAUAGCUCAAGAAACAAAUUAAGAUCAUCAUCCUCCUCUCCAUACGAAAGGGAUAAAAAUAAAAAGAACCUAUUCAUCGACAUCAAAGGCAACAUAGUGGAGGAAGUAUACAAAGUUACAAGAAUCAAAAAAUCGUUCAAUUCUUUGCAUGAUAAAGAUAGACUUAUAAAUCAAUUUUUACAACCAAGAAAUGGAUUACCAUCAUCCUCAUUACAAUUAAAAUUUUCAGGUACAAUGACUCCGCUAGAUCAUAGAUCUGGCUUUACAGGCAGUUUAGAUCACUCGAACAAAUCAUUACAAAGUCUAUUAUAUCAUGACCUGGAGAAUCCAUCGACAACUACAUCUUCCUUCUUAUAUAGAGAAGAUCAAGUCUCACCGUCUCACUUUCUCAAAUUAUCUAGAGGUUCAGAAUCUUCAGAAGCAAUGGAUUCAAACUCCUCGUCAUCGACAUCAUCAUCAUCAUCGCUUCGAUCCUCAGCAUCUUCUUCAAGAUCAUCUUCUUCUGAAUCAAUUUCUUCACAUUCUUCUUCUUUUACUUCUGACUCUUCAGCGUCAGUGUCCUCAAAAUCAUCAUCGAUACGGCAUACUAAUAGUCCAGGUAAAUCCUCAUCCUUUGAAGACUCUGAACUAAACGACGCAUUAGAAGAUAUGGAUGACGAUUUAAAUACAACCACCACAACGGACUUAACGCUGGAUAUUAAUGAAGUUGGGUAUUAUGAUUAUCACAUGUCACUUCGGUUGAAAAAUUGUGAACUUAUGAUGAAGGACAACUUGAAAAAUAUCAUCUUACAAAGGGAAAAUGAAUUAUCUAAAAAUCUUUCUAAUUUUGACCUUCAAUAUGAUGAUCUGAAGAGGAUUAGGGGACAAAUUAUAAAUUUACAGAAAUUAGUUGAAAAUGAUUAUUUAGUAAUACUAAGAGAAGAUUUCAAUGCGGAAAAUAAAAACUCUUUUGAAUCUCAUUUGACUAAGAUUUUGGAUAUGAAUGUGACAAAAUUGGAGGAAUUAGAGAUAAGAAUGAAGAAUUGUGCAGAUAGGUUAAAUCAACAAAAAGAGACAAUGAAAAAAUUGGAAAGUUUGUCAUUUUUGGAAAAUUCAUUGAAAAUCUCUAAGAAAAAUAGUAAGUUCCUUUAUAAGUAUUGGUUUUUACUUUAUGAUCUUUUAGUACUGGGUUUCCUUUUGUUAUUAGCAUAUUUUGUGACACAUAAGAGAUAUGGAUAA